AUGAUAUUUGAAGAUGUGGACGAGAAAAUUACACGCUCGCCUGAAGAAUACUUGUUCACGCUUGAGGAUAUUCAGGCAAAAUACACUGAAGAGAAGAAAGCCGACGCAAUAAUGACUCUACCAGAGAUCUACUACAAGCCCCGUAAUGUGGAUUCACUUGUAUCCUACCUGGAAGAUGUGUCCCACGCCGCGCCCUCCCUCCCGCUCCUGUAUUACCACUUUCCUAUGAUGAGUGGAGUGAAUGUGAACAUACCAGAAUUUUUCUCGCUGGCUUCAUCCAGAAUCCCGAACUUUAAAGGUAUGAAGGCAGAUCUGGACGCAGCAAUGCAAGUUAACGACUUACUGCGUGACGAUCAGAAGAUUUUCAUCGGAAACCACAUGAUUUCCCCGGCAGUGCUUCUCGGUCACGAGUCCAGCAUUGCGACUGUCACUAACAUGUUACCGGAUCUGGUUCAGGGUAUAGUGGCCGCGUCUAAGAAAGGCGACGUUGCGAGUGUCAGAGAUCAACAAAUGAGGAUGAAUAGAAUUGUUGACGCUAUAACUUCUCAAGGUGAAUUCCUACCAUCAAUGAAAGCUGCGAUGUACAUGAUGACAGGCAUCAGAGUUGGUAAGCCUCGCCGACCGAUGGCAGCACUCGACGAGAAACGUGUGCGCGUCAUCAAAGACAACCUUAAGAAUCUUUUAACGACGACUUUUGACUUUUGA